GAUUGUUCAUGGAAUAUAUUUUUAGAUUGAAUCGUACUGGACUUAUGAAGUUUGCCAUGGUAAACAUAUUCGACAGUAUCAUGAAGAGAAGGAAACUGGGCAGAAAAUAAAUAUUCAAGAAUACUAUCUUGGAAAUAUGCUGAGAAAGAACCCACUGCUAGAUCCAGAUCAAGAAGAAAAGGGAAUUGAAAAAGACACUGCAAAAGAGAUUCCGACAAAAAAUAUAGAAGGGCAGAUGACCCCAUAUUUUCCUAUAGGAAUGGGAAAUGGCACACCUUGUAGUCUGAGACAAAACCUUCCCAGAUCAAGCUCAGUAAUGUACGUCUGCCACCCAGAAGCAAAACACGAGAUACUUUCCGUGGCUGAAGUCACUACUUGUGAAUAUGAAGUAGUUAUUUUGACACCUUUGUUAUGCAACCAUCCUAAAUAUAGGUUCAGAGCUUCCCCUGUGAAUGACAUAUUUUGCCAGUCACUGCCAGGAUCACCACUUAAACCCCAUAAAUUGGAACAUCUAGAACAGCAGCAAGAAAUGAUGAAGAUGCCAUUUAGAAGACCCAAGGAGGAAGAAAUUAAUUCAGCAAAAGAAGAAAAAUUUUCCUCCUUCCACAAACCAGUUGCUGUUGGGACCUCCCAACUCUUAACAGUUGGAACAACACACAUUUCCAAGCUGACAGACGAUCAGCUCAUUAAAGAAUUCCUUAGCGGAUCUUAUUGCUUCCAUGGGGGUGUUGGCUGGUGGAGGUAUGAAUUCUGCUACGGCAAGUACGUGCAUCAGUAUCACAAGGAUAAAGAAAAUGGCAAAACAACUAUAGUUGUGGGCACAUGGAACAAAGAGGAACACCUUGAAUGGGCACAAAAGAAUGUAGCUAGAACAUAUCACCACAAAGAUGACGGCCUGCAAACAGUCAAAAUGGUGUCUCACUACUAUGGCAAUGGAGAUGUUUGUGACUUAACUGACAAACCUCGACAAGUGACAGUGAAAUUGAAGUGGAGUCACCAGUUAUCUGUAAAAUUCUGGAUACAGCAGACGAAUAUGGACUGCUUUCUGUGCCAAGUUAAUGACUUGUGGAAUAAUUGGAUGUUCAGAACCACAACACUGAAGGAGGAAAAGUACAACUGCAGUUCUCCGUGUGAACCAAUAGUGAAAAGAAGUACUGAGUCAGAAGAAUUCACCAGCAGACAGAAAGAAAGCAAAAAGCUAUUGUGAAUUAUUUUGUGAAUAUUAUAUGUAUAUAAGA